AAAGAAUCUCACAGCACUCCUUCUUUUUUUUCCUAUCCUAGUUUAUUGAUAUAGUUUGAUUUGAACUCCAUUGUGUUUAACUGUUAAUCGAUUUUUCAACUAUCAAUUCUCAAUUAUUAUCAAUUGUUAUCAUGAGCUUCAAAUCCAAAACCGUUGAAAAACCCAAGACAGGUUCUUUAGUUCUUGAAAAAACUGAUCGUAGAGAUUCUUUAAUUGAAAUUGAAAAAAAAUACCAAAAAAUUUGGCAAGAUGAGAAGUUAUUCAAUAUCGAUGCUCCGGAUUUUGCUGAAUUUGAUGAUUUACCCUUAAAUUCUCCCCAAUCUCAAAUUGAACAAUACAUUGAUGAUCUUCAUAAGGCUUACCCAAAAUACUUCUCCUCAAUGGCUUACCCUUAUAUGAAUGGUUCUUUGCAUGCCGGUCAUUGUUUCACUUUAAGUAAAGUUGAAUAUGCUGUUGGUUUUGAAAGAAUGAAUGGUAAAAGAGCUUUAUUUCCUUUAGGUUUCCAUUGUACAGGUAUGCCAAUUAGAGCUUCUGCUGAUAAAAUUGCAAGGGAAAUUGAAAAAUUUGGUCCAGAUUUUUCAAAUCUCCCAACCGAAGAAGAAGAACAACAAGAGGCAUCAAAAAGGAUUGCUGAUAAUAAUAACAACGCUAAAAAUAAUGAUCCAACCAAAUUUAAAGCUCAAAAAUCAAAAGUUGUAGCUAAAAAGGGUAAAGGUAAAUACCAAUUCCAAAUCAUGAAUCAAAUAGGAAUUCCAAUUGGAGAAAUCAAAAAAUUUGCUGAUCCAACCUAUUGGUUAUACUACUUUCCUCAAUUAUGUCAGAAUGAUGUUAUCUCUUUUGGUGCAAGAGUCGAUUGGAGACGUUCAAUGAUAACCACUGAUGUUAAUCCUUAUUAUGAUUCUUUUAUUAGAUGGCAAAUCACAAGAUUGAGAGAAUGUGGUAAAAUCAAAUUCGGUGAAAGAUACACAAUUUUCUCUGAAAAAGAUGGUCAAGCUUGUUUAGAUCAUGAUAGACAAUCUGGUGAAGGUCUUGGUCCACAAGAAUAUACCGGUAUUAAAAUUAAAAUCUUGGAACUUUUUAAUCAAGAUGCUAAAGAUCUUUUCAAUCAACAUUCUUUAGAUUUAAACCAAAAAAAUGUUUAUUUAGUCGCUGCCACUUUAAGACCUGAAACCAUGUAUGGCCAAACUUGUUGUUUUGUUUCUCCAAAAAUUAAUUAUGGUGUCUUUGAUGCAGGAAAUAACAACUAUUAUAUAACAACAAUUAGAGCUUUCAAAAAUAUGUGUUACCAGAAAUUAACGCCUCAACGUGGUAAUUAUAAACCGAUAUUCACCAUCUCUGGUCAAUCUCUUAUUGGUUCAAAGAUUACUGCUCCUUUAGCAAUUAACAAACAACUUUAUAUUUUACCAAUGGAAACAAUCUUAGAGAAAAAGGGUACUGGUAUUGUUACUUGUGUUCCAACAGAUUCUCCUGAUGAUUAUAUUAACAUGAAAGAUUUAAAAAAUAAACCCGAAUACUAUAACAUUAAAAAGGAAUGGGCAUCACCCGAACUAAUUCCUUUAAUUAAUACCCCAAAAUACGGUGAUAAAUGUGCUGAAUAUCUUUGUAAUUUUUUUAAAAUUCAAUCUCCAAAAGAUUCUGUCCAACUUCAAAAAGCUAAAGAACUUGCUUAUAAAGAAGGUUUCUUCAAUGGUACUAUGAUUAUCGGUAAAUAUGCCGGUGAAAAGGUUGAAUUUGUAAAAGCAAAGGUUAAAAAUGACAUUGUUGAAAGUGGUGAAGGAUUUGUAUACUAUGAACCCGAGGGAGUAGUCAUGAGUAGAUCUGGUGAUGAAUGUAUUGUAUCUAAAGAAGACCAGUGGUUUAUUGAUUAUGGUGAAUCUGAAUGGAAAUCACAAGCUUUAGAAUGUUUACACUCAAUGAAUACUUUUGCACCUGAAACUCAAAAUGCAUUUGAAGGUGUUCUUGAUUGGUUGAAAAAUUGGGCUGUCACAAGAACUUAUGGUUUAGGUACCAGAUUACCUUGGGAUGAACAAUACUUGAUUGAAUCUUUGUCAGAUUCGACAAUUUACCAAGCAUUUUAUACAAUUUGUCAUCUUUUACAUUCAGAUUAUUAUGGUAGUACUCCGGGCUUAUUAAAUAUUAAAGCUGAAGAUAUGAGUUUUGAAGUUUGGGAUUAUAUAUUUACUAGAAGAGAAAGCAUUGAAUCUAACAUACCAUUAGAUAAAUUGAAGAUUCUUAGAAGAGAAUUUGAAUAUUUUUAUCCAUUAGAUUCCUCAAUUUCUGGUAAGGAUCUUAUUCCAAAUCAUUUAACAUUCUUCAUUUAUACCCAUGUUGCAUUGUUUAAGAAUAAGAAAUUCUGGCCAGCAGGUAUUAGAGCUAAUGGACAUCUUUUGUUAAAUAAUGAAAAAAUGAGUAAAUCCACAGGUAAUUUUUUUACCUUGAAGGAUUUGGUUGAAAAAUUUGGAGCAGAUGCUACAAGAAUUUGUCUUGCAGAUGCUGGUGAUGGAAUUGAAGAUGCUAAUUUUGUUGAGCAAAAUGCUAAUUCUGCUAUUUUAAGAUUGUUUAAUUUAAAAGAAUGGUGUCAAGAAGUUGUUUCAAACAUUGAUUCGCUUAGAAGCGGGCCAAUUGGAGAAGAAUUUUUUGAUGUUGCAUUUGAUAAUGAAAUGAAUUCAUUAAUUGAGGAGACAUAUAAAAAAUAUGAAAUAACUGAGUAUAAAUCAGCACUCAAGAGCGGAUUAUUUGAUUAUCAAAGUGCUAGAGAUUAUUAUAGAGAAGUUGCUGCUCCAAAGGGGUUACAUAAGGAUCUUGUUCUCAAGUACAUUGAGACGCAAAUUCUUCUUAUCACACCAGUUGCACCACAUAUAGCUGAGUUUAUUUGGAAAGAAGUGUUAUUGAAAGAAGGAUCAGUUCAUGAUGCUAAAUUUCCAAGAGCAGAUAAGCCAAUUGAUAAUUCGAUUUCUGAUUCAUUGAAUUAUCUUAGAGAUUUAUCUAGAUCUAUUAGAGAGGCCGAGACUAGUUCACUUAGAGCUAAAAAGGGAAAGAUUUUAGUUGAUAAAAAUAAAGGAUGUGAAGUAACAUUAUUAAUUUCUAACAAUUUUCCUGAAUGGCAAGAUAAAUAUGUUGAAAUUGUGCGAGAAUUAUUUGAGGAGCAAAGUUUGAAUGAUAAUAAAAAAAUAAAAGAGAAGAUUCCAGGAAAGGAAAUGAAGAAAGCAAUGCCAUUUAUUUCUCUUUUGAAACAACGAUUAAUUAAAGAAGAACCUUCGCAUGUUUUCAAUAGAAAGUUAAGUUUCAAUGAAGCUGAGGUUAUUAAGAAGUGUAUUGAUAUUGUUGAAAGAAGUCCAGCUAUUAUUAAGGUUGAGAAGGUUGAGGUUAUUUCAUUUAAUACUGGGGAAAACAAAGGAAUUAAUAUAUUUACAAAUGAAGAGGUUCCAUUUAAAUAUAGCGGAAAAGUUGUUGAAAGCACAGUUCCAGGACAACCUGGUAUUAUUAUAAAGAAUAUUUAAGGUAAUCAAUACUGUUAUUUUAAUCUUGUUUUCGUUUAUAUUUGAAUUUGAAUUCGAGUUCGAAUUU